GGAGGCCGGCAGCGGCCGGGCUGGGCGCUGGAGCCGCCGCGGCAGCGGGAAGAUGGAUAUGCCGCGCCCGUGCCUCGCCGCUCAGCAUCCUCCCCGGGCCGCGGCACGGGCUUCCAAAGCAUCUGAGGACAGAACAUUAAGGAUUGCCAUGCAGUAGGCAUUAAAAUAACUGGUACUGAAAGGAACAGAAAAAGAUGGCAGUCCACAUUUGAAAGAAAUAAACACAUGGACUCUCACUGAUAAGAAAUCAUGUCAAAAAAAGGGCGUAGCAAGGGCGAAAAGCCUGAGGCACUGAUUCUUGCCCUACAGGCUGCCAAUGAGGAACUCAGGACCAAGCUAACAGACAUUCAAAUUGAGCUGCACCAGGAGAAAUCUAAGGUUGCUAAACUAGAAAGAGAGAAGACUCAAGAAACUAAACGUAUCCGUGAAGUGGAGCAGCGCAAGCAGACUGUGCAGAUCACGGAGCUAAAAGCCAAACUUCAUGAAGAAAAAAUGAAGGAGCUGCAGGCGGUGAGGGAGAACCUCAUCAAACAGCACGAGCAGGAGAUGACACGAAUGGUAAAAGUCCGAGACAGUGAAAUCCAGCGCCUCAAGUCAGCGUUGUGUGCACUGCGGGAUGGGAGCAGUGAUAAAGUAAGGACAGCGCUGGCUAUUGAGGCACGUGAAGAGGCCAGAAAACAGUUUGACUCUGAGCGCCUUAAGCUUCUGCAGGAAAUUACUGAACUGAAGUCUGCAAAAAAGCAGGUAGAUGAGGCCCUUAACAAUAUGAUCCAAGCUGACAAGAUCAAGGCGGGUGAUCUUCGGAGUGAGCAUCAGUCCCACCAGGAAGCCAUUUCUAAGAUCAAAUGGGAGAGUGAGAGGGAUAUUCGCCGCUUGAUGGACGAGAUCAAGGCUAAAGACAGGAUCAUAUUUUCCUUGGAGAAAGAACUGGAGACACAGACAGGCUAUGUGCAGAAGCUGCAGCUACAGAAGGAAGCUCUGGAUGAACAGCUCUUCUUGGUGAAGGAGGCAGAGUGUAACAUGAGCAGUCCCAAGAGAGAGAUACCAGGAAGGGCUGGAGAUGGUUCAGAGCAUUGCAGCAGCCCUGACUUGCGCAGAAACCAGAAGAGGAUAGCAGAGUUGAAUGCCACGAUUCGGAAGCUGGAAGACAGGAACACAUUGCUCGUUGAUGAACGAAAUGAAUUGUUGAAGCGUGUCCGAGAAGCUGAAAAACAAUGUAAACCUCUCCUGGAAAAGAACAAGUGCCUCACGAAGAGAAAUGAUGAACUGAUGCAAUCUUUGCAGCGCAUGGAAGAUAAACUCAAAGCAGUCACUAAAGAAAAUAUAGAAAUGAGAGAAAAAAUGACAUCACAUCCUCCUCUAAAGAAAUUAAAAUCUCUCAAUGACCUUGAUCAGGCUAAUGAGGAACAAGAAACUGAAUUUUUAAAGCUUCAGGUCAUAGAACAACAGAACAUAAUUGAUGAGUUAACAAGGGACAGGGAAAAACUCAUUCGUCGCAGAAAGAAUAAAAGGAGUUCAAAGCCAAUUAAGAGACAUGUGGUGGAUACAGUUUUUGGGUACGAUGAUGAUUCCAUGGACUCUGAAACAUCCUCUGUGGCCUCAUAUAGAACAGACAGAACACCAGCAACCCCAGAUGAUGAUCUGGAUGAGAGUUUAGCUGCAGAAGAAUCAGAGCUGCGGUUUCGACAGCUGACAAAGGAGUAUCAGGCCCUGCAGAGAGCUUAUGCACUACUGCAGGAGCAAACAGGAGGCAUUAUAGAUGCUGAAAGAGAAGCCAAGGCUCAAGAGCAGCUCCAAGCUGAAGUACAGAGAUAUAAAGCCAAAAUAGAAGAUCUGGAGAAAACUUUAGCACAGAAAGGGCAGGACUCUCACUGGGUGGAAGACAAACAACUUUUUAUUAAGAGGAACCAAGAGCUUUUAGACAAGAUAGAGAAACUGGAAGCAGAAAACAGCCGUCUGCAACAGGAGCUGCAGGAUGCUCGGGACCAGAAUGAACUGCUGGAGUUCCGCAACCUUGAACUGGAGGAAAGAGAGAGACGGUCUCCACCAUUUAAUCUCCAGAUUCACCCAUUUUCAGACGGUGUGAGCGCUCUACAGAUCUACUGCAUGAAGGAAGGGGUUAAGGAUGUCAGCAUACCAGACCUCAUAAAGCAGUUGGAUAUCCUAGGUGAUAACGGGAAUUUAAGAAAUGAAGAACAAGUGGCCAUAAUUCAGGCUUCCACUGUUUUGUCCUUGGCAGAAAAGUGGAUCCAGCAGAUUGAGGGAGCUGAAGCUGCUCUGCACCAGAAGAUGAUGGAACUGGAAAGUGAUAUGGAGCAAUUUUGCAAAAUAAAAGGUUAUUUGGAAGAAGAACUAGACUACAGGAAGCAAGCUCUUGACCAAGCAUACAUGAGGAUCCAGGAGCUUGAAGCCACCUUAUACAAUGCUUUGCAGCAAGAAACUGUAAUAAAGUUUGGGGAACUGCUGACUGAAAAACAGCAGGAAGAGCUUAGGACAGCAGUAGAAAAACUAAGACGUCAGAUGCUGAGGAAAAGCAGAGAAUAUGAUUGCCAGAUUCUUCAAGAGAGGAUGGAGCUGCUCCAGCAGGCUCAUCAGAGGAUCCGAGAUUUAGAAGAUAAAACUGACAUCCAAAAGAGACAAAUUAAGGAUCUGGAGGAAAAGUUUCUAUUUCUAUUCUUGUUCUUCUCUCUUGCCUUUAUUCUUUGGCCUUGAUGUCAAUGUGCCUCUUGGAAAGAGCACCCGACCACACAGAUAAGUUCUUAGAAAGGCAAAUGCUUCCAACCCCUGAUGAAGAGAACAUUGUUUACACCAAUUUAAAAAACAAACAAACAAAAAAACCACAAAAGAACAACCUGUAGCCAAGACUGCAACCACCUUGUAUUUUAAAGCCAUCAUUCAAGAUUUGUUACUUGACAGUUUCUGUCUAAACCUAUGAUAUAUGCUGCAUCUAAUGAAAUCCUAUAUGUUGAAAUUACAAAAGGGGAAGAAAAGUAAUCUGUGAACCUACAGCACUUAGGAAAAAACUUAAAGGGAAUCUGCAAGGCUCCACUUUCAGCUGAUCAAGUCAGAGUGUGUCUUGGGCAUGGAACCAAAGUUACAACAGAAAAAUAUAUCCCUGCUAUGCAGGGCAAUCAUUUAAAUGUGACACUGUCAUCCCAUGAACAAAUCAAAAGUAAGAAGACAGAGCAGGAGAAACACUUGAGAGCUGUGGAGAGAUAAUGACAAUAAAGCAUUCGGUUUGAACUGUCUGGCUUUCUCACUACAGGGAUUCUUUCCCUUUGGUUUUAGCCUCAGGAACAAUGACAGCUGCAGUGUGGCAAAAAAAGUAAAAUACAUUCUAUUUUAUGGUACGAUGAGCAGGACAGGGCACCAUGUUUUCUGUUUGAGAUCAUAACGAAGCACCAUUCUACAUGGCAAGGGAUGGGAAAUGAG